GAGCAAGCAGAACCCGGCACCAGUACACAAAAAGAAAGCAAACAAUUAAGAGAGUUAGUGAGGAGUUAAAGUUUAAACAAACAAAACAUCACAAUGCCUGCAGUCGGUAUUGAUUUGGGCACUACAUACUCAUGCGUGGGUGUGUGGCAACAAGGAAAAGUGGAAAUAAUCGCCAACGAUCAGGGCAACAGAACAACACCUAGCUAUGUUGCCUUUACGGACACCGAGCGACUCAUUGGAGACGCAGCUAAGAACCAAGUGGCGAUGAAUCCAUCAAACACCGUCUUCGACGCCAAACGUCUUAUUGGCCGUAAGUUCGACGACCCUAAAGUUCAACAGGAUUUGAAACAUUGGCCAUUCAAAGUGGUCAGUGAAGGAGGAAAGCCAAAGAUCCAGGUGGAGUUCCGUGGUGAAGUGAAGAGGUUCAAUCCAGAAGAGAUCAGUUCAAUGGUCCUGACAAAAAUGAAAGAGACUGCUGAAGCUUACCUUGGUGAGAAAGUGAGGGAUGCAGUUAUCACAGUACCAGCUUACUUCAACGAUUCACAGCGUCAGGCCACCAAAGAUGCUGGAGCAAUAGCAGGAUUAAAUGUCCUCAGGAUCAUUAAUGAACCAACAGCAGCUGCUCUUGCGUAUGGAUUGGACAAGAACUUGAAGGGUGAGAAGAACGUUUUAAUCUUUGAUCUUGGAGGUGGAACUUUCGACGUGUCAAUUUUGACAAUUGACGAGGGAUCACUCUUCGAGGUUAAAGCAACGGCUGGAGAUACUCACCUUGGUGGCGAAGACUUUGAUUCAAGAUUGGUUGACCAUCUCUGUCAGGAGUUCGAGAGAAAAUAUAGGAAGAACAUCAAAUCAAAUCCAAGAGCCUUAAGGAGGUUGAGAACGGCUGCUGAACGUGCUAAACGUACAUUGUCAUCUAGUACGGAAGCAACACUCGAGAUAGAUGCUCUCUUUGAGGGUAUUGAUUUCUACACCAAAGUCUCGAGAGCACGUUUUGAAGAAUUAUGUUCAGAUCUCUUCAGAUCCACAUUACAACCAGUGGAGAAGGCACUAGCAGACGCCAAAUUGGAUAAAAGAGCAAUCCACGAUGUCGUCCUCGUCGGAGGUUCAACUCGCAUCCCGAAGAUCCAGUCGAUGCUCCAGAACUUUUUCUGUGGAAAACAAUUGAAUCUCUCAAUUAAUCCUGAUGAGGCAGUUGCAUAUGGUGCUGCAGUGCAAGCAGCUAUUUUAACGGGUGAAGGUGGUAAGAAUUCAACACUCCAAGAUGUUCUUCUAGUUGACGUAGCACCUCUCUCGUUGGGUAUUGAGACAGCAGGAGGUAUGAUGACCAACAUCAUUGAACGUAAUGCUCGUAUACCCUGCAAACAAACUCAAACAUUUACCACCUACUCUGACAACCAACCCGGCGUUACCAUCCAAGUUUACGAGGGUGAGCGUGCUAUGACAAAGGACAACAACUUGCUGGGAAGAUUCGAACUCAGCGGUAUAGCCCCUGCUCCACGUGGUGUACCAAAGAUCGAUGUCACCUUCGACAUGGACGCCAACGGUAUCCUGCAUGUAACAGCCAAGGACACAGCCAGUGGCCGUAGUAAUGACGUAAGAAUUACCAACGACAAAGGACGACUAUCUCGAGAAGAAAUUGACCGCAUGCUCUCAGAAGCUGAGAGAUACCGCGACCAAGAUCAACAACAGCGAGACAAGGCAGCUGCUCGUAAUCAACUUGAGAGCUAUGUAUUCUCCAUCAAACAAGCUGUCGAAGAUUGCGGUUCUAAAUUGACUCAAUCUGAUAAAGAUAGAGUCACCCAAUUGUGCACUGAGACCAUCCAGUGGCUAGAUAACAACACCUUAGCCGAAGUUGACGAAUACAAGCACAAAUUGGAAGAAAUCCAGAAGAUAUGCUCGCCAAUUAUGACCAAGAUCCAUCAGGGUGGUGCUGGCAAUGGUCCUCAGGAUUGUGGAGCUCAAUAUCGUCAGAAUGACAACUACAAUGGACCAACUGUUGAAGAAGUGGACUAAACAUCAACUCCAUUUCCCAAGUAUUAACAAAAAAAAACUACUUCCAUGUGAUAAAAAAAAAAAAAAA